UUGUUUCUAUUUUUUUCCCUUUGAUUUCUCGAUCAUAGUUUUCAUGGCACGAAUAUCUCACGACAUUUCCUUCCACAGUCGUCAUCGUCAUCGUCAUUCUCCUUCUUCUUCUUCUUCAUCAUCGCAACAGCGACGAGCACUUGCGCUUUAAUGGCGAGGACCCAUUCCAGAGAAUAAACAGUAGUGACUGUCCCUACAAAUUUCUUUGAAAGAAAAACCCCCAAAAAAAAGAGAGAAAAGAAAAGAGGAAAUUGAUUACACUGGUAGAUGAGGAGACAAGGGUCCCUUAAAGAUUUCUCCUUUUUUUUAAUACCUCUUUAUUUUCCACUCUCUGAAGAUCUUCAAUCCAUCUGUGUGAUAUUUUUUUUUUUAAAAAAAAAUGGGUUUUUUUGGGGGGUUUAAUGUUCAACACUGAGCUCGGCUACUGAUUGGCACCACAAACACAGAGACUGAACAAAGAUUUCAUUUUUAUGACCACUCUCACCGAAAUUUCGGGGUUCAUUUUACUUCAUAGCAAGGGACGGGUUUUUUGAGUGAAGAGACAGUUUGAUUCUUGGAUCAUGGAGAAGAAGGGAUCGCCCAGAAGCACCGGCCAUGGAAUUAUCCAGAGAAGCCCUUUUGUGUAUGAGAAAUACAAAGCUGGUUGUGCAUGGAGAUUGAUAAACUUGUUUGAUUUCAGACAAGGUUGGUCUGGUAAGAGACUGGUUUCAGACAAGUCACACGGGUUCAGAGAUUCUGCUGGUAAUGUUUAUACGAAAAGUCAGCUUGAUUUGAUCCGGAGGCUUCAUGAGAAAUGCCAGUGUACUAAUAACGUGAAUGCUGAGAUCAAAACGAAGAGAAGAUCAUCUGUUUCUGGAACCAAACAUGACAAGUCUUGUCCCAAAUCCGUUAGGGAAAUAUCGGAUCGCGAGGUAAGAAGGGCAGAGUAUCUAAAGGAUGAAACCUUUGAUAGCCUAAUUCAGACUCAAGGCAAGGUUGUUAUCUCGGAGCGAAAAAAGGAAUCUUCUUUGAGUGAGAUUGUGAAACUCGAGGAGAAGACGGAUGAGAAGAAGCCGGGCCUGAAAAAGGGUCGGGACCAAAGAUGUAAGAAUAUGGAUUCAGACUCGGACAAGUGCCCCGAGAUUAACCUUCAUGUUCGUGUGAACGAAGCAUUGAUAUGUCAGAAGGCAAAAAAUGGAAAGGUUCUUGGCAGAGACCGGUCUAAGCAGUUCUUGGAAGCACUUGAUGUUGUGAGUUCGAACAAAGAAUUGUUCGUUACUCUCUUGCAAGAUCCAAAUUCUUUCUCUGGAAAAUGUGGCAAAGAUUUAAUGGAGUCUUUGACAAAAGCUGAAUCAUAUGAAGCUCGUAUGAAAGAACGAGGAGAAUCAGAAGAUGAUUUGGACAGAAUUGUUCUAUUGAAGCCGAGGUUAACAAGUUCGGAUGAUGAUAGUUCUUACUUGAGAUUCAGACAUCUGACAAAGAAGUUGAAACUUGUUGUCGGGUCUAACAAGAACAAUGGCCGGGAAAACAAGCUUCUACGUGCUAUUUGUAUCCCCGAAGAUAGUUGUGAAGAUACUGAAACUGAGGCUACGAAGAAGUGGAUGGAGAAAACAAGCGAUGAAACAGAUUCUCGAAGGAGACCUGAUGAUUCAAGUGGAAAAAUUGGCCAUGGAAUCUCAGAGUUUUCAGUCUUUAAACGCAAGAAACGGGUUGAAUCCGACGUUUUCAGGUUAAGCCCCGAGAAUGAUGUAUCGCCAAGGAGAUUCAAUGUGGAAAGACGCCAUGAGAGAACAAUCUCAUCGCCCGUUUAUGAAGUUCCUCAUGCAUUGAGUAGUUUCGAGAGGUUACGACUUGAGAAGCAGAGCUUCAGAUUAAGAAUCCCGGGCAAGAAUGGUAACGUGUUCAACCCGAAACAGGAUUAUCAUCUCCGAUCAUUUGGUGAAUGCGUUUCAGAAAAGUGUAGAGGUUCAGCUUCUUACAGCAAUCCGAGACCUGACAUGGAAGAUGAAUGCAUGGAACAGAGAUUCUCGCGGAGUUCAUGUGAGGAUCAUUCGAUAAAUCUGGAGACAAGAACACUAUUUUCGGGUUUUUCUAGUCCAGAAAGAUCGAACAGCAAUACCAUUAACGACCUGAAACAAGAACAGGAGCACCCUAGUCCAGUCUCUGUUCUUGCGAGAAUUCACAUGGAAGAUGAUACUACAAGUCCUGGAAAUUCAAAACAUGCUUCCACAGAAGAACAGAUUGGAUUCUCUUCUGACCCAAGAAUCGACCUUAAGAGCAUAUUCUCGAGAGGGUCAGUUCAGGAGUUUGUAAAGAUAGUUCUCAAUACUUCUGGACUGAACUGGACAGAGCUCCUCGUGAAAUGUUCCGUCUCAUCUCUCGAGACCUCACUGCUCGACCAAUUCUCAAGCAACAGCAACAACAGCAACAAGAAUGAUCACCAUCAUGGUCUUUUCCUUGAUUACACGAGCGAGAUUCUCCACGAGAUAUACAGAAACGACAUAAAGUCUUGGCCUUUCACGCCAUUGAAGAACCCUAAGCUCACUCCGUUGGAUCUGAGAACAGAUCUGGUUGACCACGCCAUGAAACGUUUUGACUGGAGUUUGGUCUGCAACUCAGGAGGAGAUCCAAGAACAUUGGAACAGCUUAUGGAGAAAGAUCUGACAAAGCCAUGUUCGUGGAUGGAUUGGGGAGGGGAGACAGAGUGUGUUGUGUCGGAUCUCGUUGAACAAAUCUUGGAACAGUUGGAGAUUGAGAUCUCCACAGAGCUCGGAACAAUGCCCACAAGGUUACCUAGGUUUUUACCGUCUUACUCAACGUUCUUGUAGUAAAAUUAUGUAUACAACCAUUUGACGAUACGUAAUUAGAUUUUUUUUCCCUUUUUUUGUUAAUAAAGCAGAUACGAUUUCACUUGA